CUUCGCUUUUUUGGCCAGUGGAACAUUUUUGUACACAGUUGGAGAUGCAGAGAAUAUCAGGCAAAGCAUCAGUUUGCAGCUCUGUACGAACUGUGUACCUUUCUUUAAAAAGACUACUCAAUGUGUUCAUCACAUUCCCUGGCCACAAAGCUAUUUGUACCAUUAAACAUGCCUUUUAUGGAAUAGCUGGUUUCCCAAAUGUUAUCGGUGCAUUGGACUGCACCCAUGUGUGUAUUAAGUGUCCGUCUGGUCCACAUGAAGCGGACUAUGUGAAUAGGAAAUCAGUACACAGCAUCAAUGUACAGAGGAUUAGUGAUGCAGAUUGCAUCAUCGCAAAUGUAGAGGCCAAAUGGCCAGGCUCUGUGCAUGACUCCAGAAUCUUUAGAGCCUCAUCUCUCUACCAGCAACUAGCAAGAGGAGAAUUCUCAGGAGUUUUGCUGGGAGACAAGGGAUACCCAUGCCUGCCUUACCUCUUGACUCCCUAUCAGGAGCCCCAGACAGAGGCACAGCACCGCUACAACAUUGCCCAUGCACGCACAAGUGGUCGUAUAGAGAUGGCAUUUGGGCUGAUAAAGUCAAGGUUUCAGUGCCUGAAGCACCUCAGAGUGACUCCACCUAGGGCAUGUGACAUUGUAGUUGCUUGUGUAGUGCUGCAUAACAUUGCUUGUCUGAGGAGAGAGAGGCAACCAAGGAUUGCAUGA